AUGCAAACAAAUAAUAAUAAUACAUCAUUAUCUUGUUUAUUACAAUCAACUUGUAUUCUACCAUGGACUGUACAAUCAGAGAUUAUUUAUAUAAUAUGUAAUUAUCGAAAGAAUCAAGAUUGUAAAGAGAUAAGACCAAAAGAUGUGUAUCAUGUGGCUGGGGUAUCAAGACAGUGGAGACACGCAACCAAAGUAUCAUUGACUUUAAAUUGGCGUAUCAAUAUAAGUAGACAAUUCCUCCACGAGUAUCGUCAACAUUAUGAACACCCUUUCAGUUUACUAUCAAGUCUAAAUCACAAUAUUGAAAUUAACUUUGGUAUUGGGUCGAUCAAAGAUAACUUGGAAUAUGCUCGUAUCAAUUUAGAUUGGUUCAAUAAUACUAUCAUCAACAAGAUAUCAAAUUUAAAAAUCAUUUAUACAAAUGAUAUGGCUUUAAAGUGGAUCGAACUAAUCAAAGGCUGUAGGUUACCAUCAAUCGAUGAAGGUGGCGAGGGUGGUGUACCGUCUCUCAAGACACUAUCAAUUCAACAAUAUGAUGGUACCAAUUCACUCUUUAUAUUUAAUCAUUUACAAGAGUUGGAUAUUAAUUUUAGAGGCAAUUCAACAACCAAGAUAUGUAAUAUAUUGAAUAGUUGUCAUAAUUUAAAGUCACUCACUAUGGGUCUGUACGUUAGUCCUAAAAUAGAUACAAAUCAAGUAGUCUCUAGUAUACCUCGUACACUUACUCGAUUGUCUUGGAGUGGUAUAUCAGAACUAGAAGAAUACACCAAACAUGCCAAACCACUCCCAUUCCACUUUUUACCCACCACCAUACGUCAGCUAUUAAUUUGGGAUAUCAAUCAAACAUGUACACAAGAAUACUAUGACUUUGUAACGACCAACUCUGUCCAUACAGUUGCUCAAUGCGACCAAUCUACCCAAGAGUGUAUCAACUUUUUAUCUUCUUCAUCCUCUCCCGUCAAACACCUCUAUCUCAAAGCAUCGGGACACUCUUGUUACAACACGCCAGUCUCUAUUUUGGAAAAGGCAAUUGUCCCACCAUCGAUACAAGUGCUAGAGCUACAAUUCACCUAUAUCGAACAAAAGAAUGGAUUGAAUACACUGGAAUCAAUUUUCAAGUAUAGUGGUCCAUUACCAAACCUACAUACAUUGAUCUUUGAAUCAAGAGAAAUGAAAUUACCCGAACAUCUAGCUACAUUUAUUCGAUCGAGUCAAUCCCUUCGGAUGAUUGAUUUCGGACAGUCAUUCUUUGGUACACCAUACCACGAUAAUUUCGAGUUAUUCUUGAAUGCAAUGGCUCAAGGCAAUAGAAUUGAAAAGGUUUAUAUUAGAUAUUCACCAUCUUUAAAGAAUACUAUUGAUCGAGCAAAACAACAUUUACAAACAAUCAAAAAUAAUCCUUUGGUUUUAAUAAUAGAUACUUUUUAUUUAUUAAUCAUUAAUACAAAUAAUAAUCGUAUGGCCGAUUUAUCAUCAUACAAUAUUGUUGAAAAUAUAAAGAAUGAAGAAAUUAAACAAAAAGGCAGUUCAACAAACAAGAUUACAUGUAGAAUAUAA